AUGAGGAUCGUUUUUAUAGUUGGUUUUGCAUUACUGCUGAAUGCCUUAGCUCAAGCUCAGAGUCAAGCUCCAGCCCAAACGCCUCCAGUUGUCCAGCAGCCACCUCAGCAAGCCGUACCAACACAACCCAAACCAGCUACGCAGCCAGCUCAACCUGCCCAGAAGCCAAUCCAUGCAGCUGUUCCAGUUCAGCAAGCCAAGCCUGCACCAGCUCAAGUACCUCCAGUUGCCCAGCAAGCUGCUCAACAAGCCAAUCAACAGAAGCCAGCAGCUACGCAGACAUCCCAGGCUCCCCCUGUCCAGCAAGCCCCUCAACAAGCCAAGCCAGCAGCUCAGCCUGUCCAGCAGCAAGCUCAGCCUAUUUCAGUCCAACAAGGUAAAGCUCAGCAAGCUGCUCAAACAGUCAAAUCAGCUACGCAGCCAGCUCCAGUCCAACAGGCUCCUCCUACUCAGCAAGCUGCUCAACAAGCCAAACCAGCAGCUCAACCUGUCCAACAGCACGUAAGUGCUCAGCCUGUCCCAGUUCAACAAGCCCAGCAAGCUUCACCUGCUCAACAAGCUGAUCAGCAGGCCAAACCUAUUCCUGCUCAACCUGCUCAAGGUCAACAAGCGAAACCAGCUCCAGCUCAGCCAGCUGUCCAACCGGUACAACAGGCGAAACCAGUCUCAAAUGCUCAGCAGGCCAAACCUAUUCCUGCUCAACCUACUCAAGCUCAACAAGCGAAACCAGCUCCAGCUCAGCCAGCUGUCCAACCGGUACAACAGGCGAAACCAGUCUCAAAUGCUCAACAGGCGACAUCUGCUCCUGCCUCAGCUGCAGCUCAAGUCCAGAAGCCAGCUCAGCCUAUUCCGCAAGCUGCACAAGUCAAACCAGCAGUUCAGCCAGCUCCAGUUCAGCUAGUUCAAACUCCGCCUGCCCAAGCUCCCGCUCCAGCUCCAGCGGCUCCUGCUCCAGCAAAGCCUCAAGCACCUGCUCCAGCUGCAGCUAAGCCAGUUCAGCAGUCACAAGCGGUUCCGGCAGUUAGUCCUCAACCUCAGGCAGCAGCGAAGUCAGCUCAAGCUCCUGCUCAGCAGGUCAAACCAGCAGAUCAGCCAUCUCCAGCUCAACAAGCUCAGACUCAAGUAUCUCAACCAGUUCAACCAGCUAAGCCAGCUCAAGCUAAUCCAGCUCAAGCUCAGCAAGCCAAACCAGCUCAGGCUCAAGCCACCCAGCCAGCUCAGCCAAUCCAGCAGCAACCAGCUACGCCAGCUCAACCGAAACCAGAGGUUCCUGCUCAAACUAAAAAGCCAGCACAGCCAGCAGCUCAACAAGCGUCAGCUACUCAGACUCCACAAACUCAGCCAGCCCGUCACCAAGAUCCUCAGCAGCACAGCAAGCAACCAAAAGAUCCAAAGCAGAAACGCACUACGACGUCCCGUCCCGUAAGCUCAAAAAAGAGAAAUGAGCGACCGAAACGAGAAGCCACUCCGGUGCCGAAAGCAGUGGAAGAGUAA